AAUUGCAUAAACACUCGGUAAAUAUGUUCGUAUAAGGAGCGUGUGGUUGGUAUGUUUGAAAUUAGUUCACGUACUCUAGGAUAAAUUUUCAGCUAUCACUCAUUUUGUGAGUUUAGAGAAGGAAGGAUGCGAGAAUUAUUAAUCAUUAGUUGACGUCACUAAUGAUUACAAAAAUGAAGUGCAAAUAUGUACAUUUACACAAUAAAAUUAAUUUCAGGUAAUUUAACAAAUUUUACAUACGGCCUGCAGACGGGAUGGAUGUCCCCCAUGACAAAACUGUUACAGUCAGAAUAUUCCCCGACUGGCAGAUCACUCACAGAUACCGAGAUAUCAUGGAUCGCUAGUGCACCAUGUCUAGCAGCUGUGUUUGGAGUUCUCCUAUUUGUUCAAAUUGUGGACAGGUGUGGACGAAAACAAGGAAUUUUGCUAAUAAUACUAAUUCAAGCGUUAACGUGGAUCAUUAAAAUGCUGCCACCCUCCACGUACAGCCUGGUCGCAGCGAGAGCGGCAAGUGGCCUGGCUGGGGGAGGCUGCUUCCACGUUGUCCCCAUGUAUGUCAAAGAGAUCGCUCAAGACAAUAUCAGGGGCACACUGGCAUCCAUAUUUAUAUUAGCACAAAGUGCAGGAAUUGUCAUAAUGUAUGCAAUGGGAGGAUAUUUAAAUUAUUACACGAUAUUAUGGGUCGUCAUCGGAAUUCCUAUAAUGGCGUUUGGAUUGUUCCUAAGAGCUCCAGAAUCUCCAGCCUAUUUAGUGAAAAUAGGGAAGGUGGAUGAGGCAGCCAGAACUCUGGCAUUCUUAAGAGGAAUGAACGCUGAAGACAAACAAAUUCAAUGCGAAAUUGACAUAAUGAAAAAAGACGAUGAUUACUAUAAGUCUAUACCUGAAAUAUCAAUGGUCAUUAUUCUCAAAAACAAGGUAUGGAGGAAGUCUUUUAUCAUCAUGCUGGUCAUUAUUGUGGGGCACGCGACGAAUGGUGCCUUCUCCAUAUUGACCUAUGCUGCAACUAUAUUAUCUACAUCUGGAGUUUCGAUGAGUCCAGAACUGCAAGCACUCAGCAUACCUAUAUGCAUGACCGUUGGCUGCCUUAUCACGUUUGUGACUAUCGACAGGCUUGGCAGAAAGCCUAUCUUGGUGACAACCUUUGCUACUUCAGCCUUAGGAUUUUGCUGCAUAGCAACAACAGGCAUUCUUCAGCAACAUGGCUGGACUACUCCCGGUUGGCUGAAUGUUGUGAUGCUGAUGUUGGUGGUCUGCAGCUAUGGUUGUGGUGUAUCUCCCAUCCCAUUUAUUGCAAUGUCAGAAAUAUUCAAUUUUCAGAUUAGAGCAAAACUAAUGGGAUAUUUAGUGAUGUUGGCAUGGCUUAUGUCCUUUUUUCAACUGUUAUCCUUCAGUGCUGUCACAAGCAACUUUGGUGUCAAUGUGAGCUUCUAUAUAUUCACGGCAAUAAACUUGAUUGGAGCCGUCUUUGCUAUAAUAAUGCUGCCUGAAACAAAUGGCAAGAGUGUUGAAGAUAUAGAAAGGAAACUGAAAGGAGAUUACAGUUAACAUAAUAAAGAAGAAACUAGGUUUAA